AUGACUGCUCAACCACUCCCCAACCCCUCUCAACCCCUACCAUCGCCUAUUCGACUUCUCGUCUCCCUCUCUGCUCUCUGCUCCACUCUCCACCCUCCUCAUCCUCCCGCAGCAGGCUCAGAAUCCUGGCACUCUACUCAUUCUGCCUCUUGGCUGCAGUCCGUUCUGAAAUCUCUUGAGAUACAAUCAUCCCAACUCCCUCCUACUGUCACUCCAGAUUCUGUACACUCCGUAUCGGACCAAUGUUCCGACUGGUCUGCCGAGGAGAAACAACGAGUCGCAGGUAUCUUGGUCGAAGCUUCUUUGGCCGUGGAGGCUGAUUCUGCGAAAGCUCAGAAAGAAGAGAGUUUGAGAUAUACACCAUUGGCGAGAGCUUUGAAUCAUCUCACAUUGACAAGACUUGGCUUGGAAGGUGGGAAGUUGCUUUCGAAAGCGGAAAAGAAUCUUUGUACGACACUCUUUAACGCUUUGAAAGCCGCUGAAGAGGAGAAAGCGCAGAAAGAGAAGGUGGAACAGGUUCGUCAGGCUAGGUCGCAAGGUUGGGGUGGGUCAUUAGGUAGACAUUUAGCAACGGGAGCAGGUGUCAUAGCUGGUGGUGUCCUCAUCGGCGUGACUGGAGGACUCGCUGCACCUGCUAUCGCCUCCCUCCUUGCUCCUCUAGGAAUUGGUAGUCUCUUAGGAGGUGCAGCUGCUCCAGUUGUUCUGGGUACAUUGUUCGGUGUUGGAGGUGGAGGCUUGGCCGGUAGACGAGUGAGGGAGAGAUGGAAAGGUGUGGAAGAAUUCUCUUUUGUGGAGAUUGGAGAUGGAACUAAGGUUACUAAAGAAGAGAUGGAUGAUCUGAACGAAACUAAGGAAAAAGCAAAACAACGAGCUGCAAGGAAGAAAGAAGAAAGUAAAGAUUCGAUUGUGAAAGUAACGAAGGACAAGACAAUCACCGGACAUACGUCACGAAUUCCGGAUCCAGUGCAGGAGGAGAACAAAGACGAUCAUGCUACCGCUGAACAGGCCGUCGAAGAGGGUAGACAAAAACUGGAAGAUCGACUCUUGAGACUCUCACUCAAUUCAGCUUCUUCUCCAAAACCUGAUGCCACUAGGACGUCAACGGAAAGUAUCAGACCAUCAUUGGACCAUCCAGUCGAAGAGAAAACAUUGACGCAAGUGAAAAAACCGCCGAGUUUGACAGCUAUCAUCGUCGUGCCUGGUCUUCUCACAGUGUCUCGGACAGAAGCUAUCACAGCUUGGCGUGCCGUCUGUUCCUCCGAAUCUGGGGCAAUGCAGAUGUAUGAUGCUCGAGAGAAACCUACGGAAAACAUGCCGAUCUCCAUCGGGGAAGGGAAACAAGCGACGGGGACUAUUGCAGAGAAGACUCGAGAGGACGUUCGGAUAGAGGCUGGGGGUGAUUUGAGGGAAAAAGGAAAGUCAGAUACUUUGGCGGGCCUGAAAGACGGUAGAGACGUUUAUUUGUUGAGGUAUGAAACGUCGACCAUGCUCAAAACUGGACGAGACAUCGAUCUGUGGAUAGUCGAAAGCAAGUUAAAGGCUAAGAUCAAGUCGGAGAUCAUCAAACGAACUGUUCUCAAUGCUUAUUUCGCGGCUGUCAGCUUACCUCUUACGGUCUACUCCAUGGCAACUAUGUCCCUCGAUAAUACAUGGAUGCACGCUGUCGACCGAGCUCGUAAAGCCGGUACUUUACUCGGAGAAGUUUUGGAGAAACGUGUGCAAGGUCAACGUCCCGUUAUCCUGAUCGGUUCUUCAUUAGGAGCUUUAACAGUCCAAACUGCUCUUCUUCAUCUCGCAUCGUUGUCUCAUCCGACUGGAUCAAACGGUAUUGUUCCAAAUUAUGUCGAAAGUGCUUUUUUGAUCUCUCUCCCUUCUGCUCCCACGGCGGAGGAAUGGGCAAAGUGUAGGGGAGUGACAGCGAGAAGAUUGGUGAAUGCUUGGAGUGAGAGUGAUCUAGUUUUAGCUGGUGUAGUCAGAUUACACGAGGUGUUAUCCCGUGCUACGACAUUAUCAUCAGGUAUCAAAGUUGCAGGAUUGGGUCCAGUGAACCAACCAGGUGUUGAAGAUGUAAAUCUGAGUGGAGUUCUAGGUGGACAUAUGGAGUUACAAGCUAAGAUUGGGGAUGUUUUACGUGUCAUCGAUCCGGAUGCAUGA